ACCACGGAGUCGGCGGCGACUGUUCCGGUUCCGGUGGUGUCGAAAUGCCUGUUAAAAGAUCCCUGAAGCUGGAUGUCUUAUUACAGGAAAAUUCCCCCCAGGCCUGCCGGAGCCGAGGACGCUUUGUGGCGUCCUAUUCCCCAACCACUGGAACGCGGCAGAUCAGCCCCUCGUCGUCUCCCCAGACCCACGGCGGCCGGGAGCUGGGAGGCGGCCCUUGGCACGAGAGAAUGGAAUUUGGUUCUACCCCUGGAUUCCCCAGAAGAGGGCAGCCUCGCAUGGAAAACAAAGAUGAGAUCAUGAUGUUACUCUAUAAAAUUGACAAAUCCUUAGGAAAAUUCACAGAAACGUGGCAAAGUUUAAAACAUUUAAAGGCUUUGAUGGGCCGGCCAGAGCUGGACAAUCUCAUUGGCGUUUCCCAGACAUCCCUGGACUUGCAAGGCGAGGUGCAGAAAGCCAGAGAACUAAUGAUAAAAGUAAGAAAACGGGAACAGCCAAGAAAGAAAACACUAGAGCAUUCCACAGGAGAUUUUGGGCAUCUCAACAGCUACGAAUUCCUCAAAUCCAUUAUUACCUGAGGCAUGAGGAGACACUCGCUCCCGGGAGCGGCUUCGGCAUCUGCUCGGUCAUAUUUAAAGGGACAGAAGAGACGUUUGUAAGUCAAUCCGGCCGACAAAUACCAGUUCGGAGGCCCCCGGAACAGGGCAGGUGCCCAGGAAGAUAAUGUUUCCUGCAUCUAAUUUAAACUUGACUCCACACACCAGCAGAUCAUCUCAUGUAAAUAAUGCAUUUCUUCAUGACUCUUUUAUGAAAGCUUGUAUGGAAGACGAGCUUGAUUUAUGAUUCUGUAGCACAGACAAUUUUUUAUACUUUAAGUACAGUUUCCUCUGUGGAGGUUUAAUAAAGCAUAG